CAACAGUAGGCUCAGCCUGUUGGAAAUAAAUAGCACGACUACAGUUCCUACAGGCAUCACGAUUUGUACAGAAAAAAAUAUGACAGCCUAAUAUGUUCCAACAACCAUUAGACACGCAUAAAGGCCAGAUGUUCUGGGGCAACUCUGUGGAAGACCAUUAACUGGGGGAUUGUAAUAUUACCAAAGGCAAUAGUAAGCAAAUAGUUUUUUUUUUAACAAAUCAUUUGAAGGAGUCGUUCUCUUUAACUUCAACAUUCUUACUCAUCAGCCACCUGCUCCUAGCCUACUACAGUAUGUCUGCCUUUUAUAGCCCGCCUAUGAGAUUAGAAUUCUGUUCUGAAACCAAAAUAUGCCUGGAAAACCGUUCAGGGAAUGGCGCUCCCUCUCCCAUCUGCAUUCAUAAAUUAGCUGGUCCGUUGUUAAACUUUCUAGGCAUAUAGGUGAACUAGACGGUCGGUGGCAUAGGCAUAGAAAUCAUAUAUAGGCUAGACUAGAUGCCCUAUUGGCCGCUGGGCACUGAGAAAUCCGUCCGCCAUCUUGAACCGGCCGUAUUCCAAUUGUACUGUACCUGCCAAACAGAUUGUACUGAACGGAGAGGAUGACUGGUUUAAGAUGGCGGCCCCACGGUUUGACCGUGUCAAUAUGCAGUAGCAGUCGAUAGGGUGUCUUUCUUUAUAUGAUGUUUAUGGCAUGGGGGCCACCAGCUUGAGGGGCCUACAUCUCUAAGGCCUAUUUCUCAUGACAAAUAACAGAGCUAAAUGUCCAGUGAGUGUGGGUUAGAGCGCAGGUUGUGGUUCCUUCUCUCUAGCAUCAGCCAACACGAGAACAGGCUCGCAUCAGCCCACAAGAGGAAACCGCAUCCACCCACAGUUUUUAUCCCUGUAUGACAACAACAUCACAUAUAAUUUAAAUGGCCAACUCACAAAAAACAAUGAAUCAUUAAGAAGCCAAAACUGUGGCAUCCACUAAACUGACAUCAAUUCUUUAAAAUCUGCUUGGAACGUAUACAGUUUAUAUUACACUUUAAGAAAAAUUCUGUAUAAGGAAAAUUAAGCUGUACAUUUUCUGUCAAAUGUACUAAAAUACAGGGAAAACACAUGCGGUUUCUUAAACAUGCACGGUUGUAAAAAAUCAACAGAAGAUUAAUAAAACAUAUAUAUGUUUUGUGAAUAAUAUUAUAUUAUAAAUUAUUUAUUUCCACAAAAAAUAAUGACUGAUCACAUUCUUUGCCAAACAAGGGCAGAUUCUAAAAAUAUCUAUGAAUUUGAGAGUUAGGAUUUAAAAAAAGAUAUAACUUGCACAUCAAAUGUGAUUUGUCUUGCAGUGGAAUCAACCACAAAGCAUUUCAGAUGGACAACAGCUCAAUCCAACCUAAAUGUUCAUUAUAGAUUAAAAAAAUAUAUUAAAAUCAUCUCAGUAAUUUCGCUAAAACAUUAUCUGUACCACAUACAGUGCUAUAAGUUGUAGUUUUGUAUAAUAUUACAGAGACAUCUUGACUCCUCUGAGCUAAAGUAGGUGUGGCUUUUACACAUGUGCAGGGUGAAUCUUUGCACCACAUGUGUCAUGUGUCCAACAUUCUGGGUUGUGAGGUGGGGCAGGGCCGGAUACACAGUUUCAGUGUAUAUGUCAUUCGCCCACAAAGCAGUGGCACUCUGCUUUCAAGAAAACACAAUUGCUUAGCCUACUGGUCCUGGAGUCUGGACUCUCAAGCCAAGUAGUUGUGCCAUGCAAUUAUUGAAACAACAUAACCACGUCCUCUGUUGUCUGUUUGGCUUUGUGCUGCUCUACAAUUUUUUAUCCUGGAGUAUAAACAGUCUACUCUUGAGUCAGAUUGAGACCAGCAGACCAAAAAUUCUUGAGCAUAACAUCACCAUCCUCCUGUGGCACUGGCCUUUCGGAGUUCCCUACAGAGUGGGAAGAGGUGUCUGUAUGGAUAAAUAUGAAAUCCCUAGAUGCUUUCUGGAGGAUAACCAAUCCAACUUCACUCAAGCAGAUGUUGUAGUGUUCCACUACCACGAGCUCUGGACUGGUCACUCCAAACUUCCUCUCCACCUUACACGUCCACCUAUGCAAAAGUGGCUUUGGUUAUCGCUGGAACCUCCCACGAACAACCACAACCUUAGCAACUACAACGGCUUGUUCAACUGGACGAUGAGUUAUCGCCGUGAUGCUGACAUCUUCAUGCCAUACGGAGAACUCGUUUCUAAAAGGACCAAUGCCACGUACGUCAUUCCGAAGAAGAGCGACUGCCUAGUUUGCUGGGUGGUCAGCAAAUACAAAGCCAAUCAGAGUCGCUCUCUAGUUUUCCAGCAGCUGAAGAAACACAUUCCGUCAAAUCGGAUAGAAGUAUACGGUCAGUGGUCCAAGCGGCCGCUCUCCAAAAAAAAGCUGCUUUCCACAAUAUCUCGAUGUUACUUCUACCUUGCCUUUGAAAACUCAAUAUCUACAGACUAUAUUUCGGAGAAGCUGUGGCAGAACUCCCUUCAGGCAGGGAGUGUGCCGGUAGUGCUCGGCCCACCCAGGAACAUUUAUGAACUAUCAAUUCCGCCGGAAUCAUUCAUCCAUGUAAAUGACUUCAGCAGCGUCAAGGCGCUGGCUACUUUCUUAAGUCAAGUGGCCGCUGAUAAAGAGCGUUAUGAAUCUUAUUUUAGAUGGCACCAUUACUAUGAUGUUAGAUUGUACACAGACUGGAGAGAGAGACUCUGUCAUAUUUGCAUGCAUUAUGACCAGCUCUCUAAGCAUAAAAAAGUGUACAGUGACCUGUAUAGCUGGGUUAACAGCUAACCCUUACCCUCUACCAUCUAUUUUUUUUUUGUGUGAUAAAAUAAUAUGUAAAUGUUUGAUGGAAUAUUAAAUAAAUCUAUAAUAAUAAUAAUAGAGAAGUAUAUAUUGAUAUACGUAUAUAAUAACUUCAUUUUUGACUGUGUAACCAUUCAUUUGACCCAGUUUUCUACUGCCUCAUUGUUUGAUUCCUAUUACCUGUUGUUAUGUUUAUCAGUUCCCUCGUUAGUUGUCUCGUUGCUUUGAUUAGUCACUUUGUUUGGUUCUGUUCAGUUCUGUUAGUUCUACGGUGCCUAUGGUUAGGAUGUUCUGUUCAUGUUUAUCUUCCCUGAGUUAUGUGUAAAUAAAUAUUACUUGCGUUUAGAAUCAGAUCCUGCAUUCAUUGCAACUAACCAUGACAAUUACACUGUAACAAUGACACCUUAAAAUAAUGUGUAUAAAACAUUCAAAAUAAA